CGUAUGUUCCCGGGGGAGGCGGGGAAAGCAAAGAAAAGAGACCGACACACCAGGCCGUGGUCCCAGGAACUCACGAGGGCGGAACAGGGCCUGUUGAAGUCCCAGUCUACGGGCAAAUGGGCCCAAUGGGGACCGUCAGGACUAUUGUAACACGUCUAUCCACGCUGGCAGGCACGCAGCCUCAUGCAGCGCUCCAUGGCGCGAUGGGGUGCUGUCAAAGUGGCGGACGAGCUAAGCAUCGGCACGUGGCAUUUUCGCAUCAUUUGACCCUCGGGCUCGGAAAUCGAGCAGCAGCUGUUGCGUUCGGACCGAGGGUGAAGAGCGACAAGAACGACCGCAGUAAGAGGACGGGGACUAAGAGGAGGAGGAGAAAGAAGAAGAGGAGAAAGAAGAAGAAGAGGAAGAGGAAGAGGAAGAGGAAGAGGAAGAUCAAGAAGAAGAAGAAGAAGAAGAAGAAGAACGAGGAGAGUGUGAAAAGAAUGCUCCUGCCGCUGUACUGCGUAGCGAAGCCUAACCAAUAUCUGGUUAGGACGGGAUGGCGAUUCCCGGACGUGCAGGUGUCGAAGAAGGGGUGGGUUCUCCCUGGACAGAAGUACACCUACAUCGAUGCGUCUCCCGUCAAUUACACGCUCAAUCUGCAGGUACAUCUGUGAGAUACCACUCUCUCAAAUUGUCAGCAAUGAAUCAUCCUAUCCUACCUAGUAAACGCUCUCAAGUUCU